AUGUCUGACGAGUCGAAAAAAGAAUUUGCGUCCGAGGACGUGAAAUCAGAAUCUCCAGUUGAGCAAACAACGGAUGCAAUAACAAACGAAACUGUCAACGCUAAUGCAAAGAUAGAUGAACAUGAUGGUGCUGUUGCUGUUGUUGUCAAGCAAGAAGAAGAGAAUGAUGAUGAUGAUGAUGGUGAAUCGAGAACAGAUGUCGUACCGGCUGAGGCAGUUGCAGAAGAAACAGUUGACAAAGACGAGUCAAAUAAUGACCCCACGAUCGAGGAACAGCCGCCGUUGAAAAAGAUCAAGCUUGAAGAGGAUGGUAUCAAACAGGAGAAUGGAUUCAGCGAAGUCAACGGAUCUAAAUCUUUCGAAAAGAAUGAUCAUCAUGUGGUAAAGUCUCAGCCGCGACCAAUUGUUGUGGUGCCUCCAGCUAAACCUGAAUUGUUUUACAUACCAUUAAAGACCGGAUUGGUGUACGACGUGAGAAUGAGAUACCAUGCCAAGAUUUUUACAUCUUACUUUGAAUAUACCGACCCACACCCAGAGGACCCUCGUCGUAUAUAUCGAAUCUAUAAAAAAUUAGUGGAAGCUGGUUUAGUUCAGGAUUACUCGUUAUCAGGAAUUGACGAAUUGGGUCCAUACAUGGAGAAGAUUCCCAUCAGAGAAGCAUCCGCUGACGAGAUAUUGGAAGUUCACUCUGAGGAACAUCUAAAGCAUAUACAAUCUACUGAAACAAUGACCAAGGAUGAGUUAUUGAAAGAAACGGCCACUGGUGAUUCCAUUUACGUCAACAACGAUUCUUUCUUUUCCGCUAAAUUAUCUUGUGGUGGAGCUAUCGAAGCUUGUAAAGCAGUGGUUGAAGGAAAAGUCAAAAAUUCACUUGCAGCAGUCAGACCUCCAGGACACCAUGCUGAGCCAGACUCUCCCGGCGGAUUCUGUUUGUUUAGUAAUGUUGCAGUGGCUGCCAAAAACAUCCUCAAGUCAUACCCUGAAUCGGUACGAAAAAUUGUUGUUCUUGAUUGGGAUAUCCAUCAUGGUAACGGUACCCAAAAGGCAUUCUAUGAUGAUCCAAGAGUUUUGUAUAUUUCACUACACAGAUACGAAAAUGGUAAAUUUUAUCCAGGAACAAAGUAUGGUGGCGCAGAGCAAGUUGGAGAAGGUGCUGGGGAAGGGUUUAACUUGAAUAUUCCUUGGAGAUCACAUGGGAUGCACGAUGGUGAUUAUGUAUAUGCAUUCAAUAAGGUCAUCAUUCCAGUUAUGUUGGAAUAUGAUCCGGAUUUGAUUAUUGUCAGUUCUGGUUUUGAUGCAGCUGAUGGGGACGUGAUUGGUGCUUGUCACGUGAGUCCUGCAGGAUACGGAUACAUGACACAUUUGCUAAAGGCAAUAGCGAGAGGUAAAUUGGCGGUAAUCCUUGAAGGAGGAUACAAUUUAACCUCCAUUAGUAAUAGUGCAUUGGCAGUAGCCAAAGUUUUACUCGGCGAACCGCCUGAAAAUACAAUACGAAUGCAACCACAUGGUGAUGCCAUAGAGGUUGUGGAUGAGGUUACCAAAAUACAAUCUAAAUAUUGGAAAUGCUUGAAACCAGGAGUGCCAAAGACGUCGUUCGACGAUGUAUAUGAUUUACCCAACCUCGAUAAAGAGAGGUAUAGUUUGAUCAACAUAUCUGAUCCAAUCAGAUUCUACCAAAACAAUGAAGCUUACACCAAGAAACAAUUCAUCAACUUACCAAUAAUAAACCACGAUAAGGGAGAUAAAAAGACUGCCAAUUUUACUUGCGACUUGCCUCAACAGAUAGAUGAGUUGAUUAUGGCUAGUCGAGAAAUUUACGAUUGUACAUCUAUUGUAUUGACGAUACAUGAUCCUCCAGAGAUAUGGGCAAAUAUUAAUCCAACUACAGGUAUAAUUGAAAGCAAUUCGUCUAUACUAUUGGAGCAACCAUUAUUUCAAAUAAUGGAUAAAGUGGAGAAGGAAAAAGAUAGUGAUAACAAGGACAAAAUUGGUUACAUUGACAUCAACGUUCCCUCUUUCCAAUUACCAAUCCCAGGAUUGUCCACUUCGCACGAAUCUUCAUACAACCCCACCAUUUUUGCACAAGAAGUACUUUUAUACGUCUGGGAUAACUACAUUUCUUUUUUCACCAAAUUGAAAAAAUUGGUUUUUGUUGGAUUUGGUGACUCUUAUCAAAGUAUAGUGCAUUUGUUUAGCAAGCGUCCAUCAGCCGAUAUCAAGAGUUUAGUUAAAUUUACCAUUGCUUAUGUCAAUAGAACGCCAUUGAAACCUAUAAACCCCGUCAUGGAUGAGAGUAUGGUUGAUUGGUUUUACCACAAUUCAACCAUAUUCACCAGUCACUUGAACUCAUGUUGGAGUGGUUCAAGCAAUGGAUCAUCCAGUGAAUCAAAUGGAGAUGAUUUGAAGCGACCAAGAAGGAAAUUUGGCAGAGUAUUGAAAGCUAAAGGAGAUGGUUUGUUUGACGUGAUUAAUGAAAAGUUUGAUGAGGGGGUUGAUAAUAUUUUAGAUAGUAUAGAGGAAUAUUCCAGUUCCGAGGAGUAA